AUGGCGAUAUCAAAUGCUGCUCCGGUCGAAAAUGUCGAUAAUGUCGUGCCAUUAGAGAUCGCCAACUGUAUAAACCGACUAACACCUCUAGUUAACACCACUGAUCCGAAAAAAGUGCCGGGACUCGGAACGCCCGAGGAUGUGUACGUGUAUUGCCUCCAGCAGUUCUUAUGGAGAUCGGACAUGGUGCGCUGGGAGGACUACAACAUAACUAAGAAAGACAAGGACUUCGUCAACGGCCUUAUUGAUUCUAAUGGACAGUAUGACAUGUUUGCAAGUCUUCAUGAUGGUGUGUCAAACUCCGCACACAAUGGUCCAAACUUUCUCGGGUGGCACCGAGUCUAUCUAGCAUUGUUAGAGGAAGCCAUGCGAAAUAUUGACAACACAGUUUCCCUCCCAUACUGGGACUCAUCGCUCGACAAUGAAAUGGCUAAUCCGGCAAACACAAUCGUGUUCUCGAAGGAAUUCUUCGGAAACGGUGACGGUGAGGUUAUCACUGGACCAUUCGCCAACUGGGACACCCACCAUGGUCCGCUGACUAGGAAUAUCGCAGGUGAAGGUCAAUUGUUUUCCAAAGAGAAUAUCACAACUGUCUUGACGCGUUGUAAUACAGCCGAAAUCACCCGUCCUACUGCAUUACAACCGUGCGACUUUGAACGUUAUCACGGUGGCCCUCACAAUUGGGUCGGUGGACAGAUGAUGGGUCUCACAACAUCCUCACACGACCCCGUAUUUUUCCUUCACCACGCAUUUGUAGACUACAUUUGGGAAAAAUUCCGCUACGGCCAAUUACUCUGUAAACCUCCAGUUGAUCCCGAAGUUUAUCCACCAGCCGACGGUCUACAUGCCGAAACCAAUCCAAUGGAUGGAUUUCCAAGAUAUAUCAAUAUUGAUGGUUAUCGAAACUACUGGACACAAAACUGGUAUAAAUAUGAAGAUUCUCCUAGAUGUCCGAUCUGUGGAUCUAAAUAUUUGAAAUGCGACAAGGUUAAACGUUGGUGCGUUCCAAUUGAACGUAAGCUUACCAGGAAAGAAGGAUACAUAGUUAAUGGAACGUUCAUGACCGACGCGGCUGACACGGCAAUAUCCGAAAGUGCAGCUGAGGCGAGAGCUGCGGUCGAAAAGCUCGACAUCGGUAAAAAAUUCGACGCACCUGAUGAUGAUUAUAGAACGCAGAGGGCUCAGUUGGCCCGAAUGGCAGUUGGCCCGAAUGGCAGAAGUGGCCCGCGCGGCAAACGCACGUUCUAA